AUGGGUAGUUCUUUAAUAAUGAUAUGCGAGACCACAUCCAGAUUGAGUGAUUUCAAAAGAGAUGGGAAUGCCAUAGAGCAUGCUUGGGAUAAAAUGGAUAAAAUACCAUUGAGAACGAAGAAAGUAGCCUCGGAUAGGACUGAUAAAACUUAUAACGACCCAGCAAAGUUAAGGAAAAAACGAUUUUGGAAGCGACAACAAUUGCGAAUAGCCAAUAGACUGCUACAAACCACGUUUAAAUUUACAGAAACAACUAAAACCCAUAUAUUAAGCGUCUAUGCUCCUGAUACGAGUAAAAGUCAAGAAGAAACAGACUCAUUCUAUGAUGAACUGCAGAUCACCAUCGAUAAGAUACCGAAGCAAGACGAAAUUAUGAUACUGGGAGAUUUUAAUGGAAGGAUUGGUAACGAGGUUAUUAGUGGAAUUAAGAAUCGGUUUAACGAAGAAACACUCAACAGCAAUGGAGAACAACUCAUACAAUUCUGUGCACAUAAUGAACUACGCAUUAACAACACGUUUUAUCCCCAUAAACAACAGCACAAGUAUACGUUCGAGAACACAAGAGGACAUGAAUCGAUUAUAGACUACAUUAUUACAAACAGAAAUAUUCAUCCCUCAAAAAUAUUAGAUGUCAGAACAUUAACCUCAGUAAACACAGGGACUAACCACCAUAUGGUGCUAGCUAUAAUGCGGAACUGCGUACAAAGGAAAACCCAGAACAAACCGAAAGUGACAGAAAAGCUGAACAUAGAAAGCCUUAGCGAUGAUACCACAAAAUACCUCUACCAGCAAAGACUAAGGAAGGCAAUAAAUGAAAACAAGAUCUUGAAAGAUGAUACUGUAGAACUAACAUGGAAAAGAUUAAGUACUAAUAUAAGGACAGCUGCAGAAGAGGCAUUAGGCAAACGAAAGGUGAACCUGAACGGAAAGCCCAACACGAAACCAUGGUUCAAACACGAAAUCAAAUCACUUGCGGAAGAAAAAAGGAAAGCAUAUCUUCAAUAUAGAAGUCAAACAAUUACAUAUGCUGAUUACAAAGUCGUGAGGAAAAGGACAAAUAUGGAAAUACAAACGAUUAAGAGACAAUUCUGGGAGAAAUACUCAUCAGACAUGGAAAACGACUUAUAUGGGGGACAAAAAAAGAUCUGGAAUAUGAUAAGGAACAUCAAAAGACCAAUCAAUGAAUACAUCCACACGAAAACAAUAACGUUAAAAGAAUGGGAAAGGUAUUUCCAUGAACUCUACGGUGACAUAAUAACAAGCUAA